CUUGUUUUUUGGAGAUAGCUACUCUGCUCAUUGCCUAACUUAGUAUUACCACACCGGCCGAAGGAGACAGGAUAGUAAUGUGCCCCGCAUGGCGCAAAAUUCGCGUGCUGGCUGCCGCCUCGCGCAUAAGCGUUGCAGCCGGGAUAAGCAUCACCGCCGCCCCUGGGCAAAGAGGGAGAGGUACACAACCUCUGAAGACAGGAGUGACCAUGGUAUCGGUUAAAAAGGAAAGUGCAGGCGAGUGUACCUGCGUGAACCAAGGCGCCGACAAAUUUACGGCACCGAGCUCCGGCGCGGCAAACGAGAUGUGGUUGAGAGCUAUCUCCAGCUGAAGUAUCUCAUACCCUUCAAAUACUCAGUACCUUCCGCGAGUUUUGUGGACGCACGUGUAAAUGUUGUAUCGUAAUUCUACACAGAGACAGAUACGGAUACCGUAAGUAUUCUUCUACGAUCUGUUGCAGAAGGUGGAGUGUUGGAUACUGGGUAGAUGCCAUGCGAUGCUCUCAAAUUGCAUACAUUCCGACGGUAAAGGAACGGCUUAUGGUGAGACCUACGCAGUUGAUUUCGGCGGUCCAAAGAACUACGGCGAAUAUUGCUUCGCGUGGGACGACGACUGUGACGGCGGUGUAUGCUCAGUGCGUUUAUAGGGAGUGGUAAAUCGCGAGGCUUCUCUUUCUCAGUAAUUUAUUAGGGCGACUUUCGAAGUCCUUGUUUAGCAAGCACCAAGCGCCCAAAACAGGACACCAGCCCCUCUUAAAAAGCAGCAUACAACUCAUGCUGUAAAUUUGCAGGACGAGGAAGAGGCUACCAUUGUCUUCAUCAGUAGGGGAAGUGUGAAAGUCCACUGCAGUGGCGAGACUGAUACUACAUAUUGUCUGUAUUGACUUUAUAGUGUCUUGGACUCGGUACAACAUGUUGAUGCUCAUCAUCUUGUUUGUCCCUCUAGAGUAAUGGAAAAGGGGCUGAGCCUGCGUCGUCGCGCGGACUCCUUCACUGGCGCUUUCCCUAAUUGGUUUAUUUGCAGUCGAUAAUGAAAAUCCGGCACCAAAGCGGAAUGUGCCAUCGCAGCCGACAAGUGCGCGGACGCCAAAACAUUCGAAGAUCCACGCAACACUACUUGCUAUCACCCCUGGUGCUUUAUCAGGUAUGAAUAGUGCCGCUUUUGAAACUUUCGCCUCCCCCCGGGUGGCAAUGCAUCAGCUACAAUCUAUUAAUCUUUUGGACAGUGCGAAUUUUUCCAAUGUAUCCGUUCAUCGAUCGCUUUUUUCAGUCCACCGAGGCGGACCACAUACGGGCGAAAUCGCUUGUACCCAGCAAGGGAGGAUAAGGCUCCCAGGUAUCCCAGAAACAGGGCGCCUUGCUAUCUGUGCGCGCACUCAGCAUGUAAGUCGUAAAAGUAUAGAAAUUAAUAGCGUGAAUGCGUGAGGCCUACAGGAGUAGACAAAAAAGACCAAAAGACAAGAUAUCUUUCCGGGAUGUCGUGUCUUGGGUCUGUGGACUUUUACCGGCCGCCCUGCGUUCGAAUUUUUUGGCGUCCGUCCUGCCGACUUUUUCUUGAUGCCCGCCUUGCGGAUUUCGAGUUCGGACAUUUUUUUCGUAUUAACUCCGAGGGGUUGCAGUUGCUCUUGCUGCGGUGAGCAAUAUUAAGUAGAAUAAAGCACGAAGAAGCAGAAUACUCGCAAAGCGCGCGGACUUCUGGCGACUGCCAAAAUUGCUACCGGGAACUUUCUUGGAAACUGCAAUGGGAGCUAAAAGUGAUCGCCUUUUUCCCGAGUUUAGAAAAUAUGUAGCGCCACCUGGUCUGGCUACUCUUUUUCGCAUUUUGAUUUUCCGGGUGUUUGGAUUUCCUCUUGGAGUCAUGCGUAAAAAGUGGAGCCGUGCAGAGACGACUGGCAUGGCCGAGCGCAGGGACAAUCAUGACCCGGCCUAGGGAUUAGCAUGGCCACUGCGAAUGGAUUGGCGUGGUCGCGGCCGUGAUAUAGAGAAGACUAGCGUGGCUAGGACGGGUGCCGUGCCCGCGGCAUUGUAACUGUGGUCGCGCCGCUGAACCCUUGAGCCCACAGCCACACUUGAGCGACGUAGUCUUAGGCAGCUUAGCCCCUGCGCAAGCACGGCGCGCGCAAGUAGGGAGGUGCAGCAAGUUUUUGUGGUUGGACUCGAGUCCACCUCUUUUCCCCGCAUCCAUUCUCACCUCUGUGACCCAUAAGGCGGACAAAAAAUGUUGAAGUGUGUGCUGCGGAAUUUGGACUGCGCAUUCUCGUCCAAGACCCGUCUGUGGACAGCAUUGCAGUGCGAGGGCGUGGCCUCGUUGGUGACUCCUCCGACAGAGGUUCCCAUUAGUACGCCCAUUUUGCCUCAGCGUUGUUUUAUUUCCUUCUGCUUAGCCGAAGCGGUUCGGAGAGCAUUUGCCUCGAGCCGAGGCUAGUCAGAUGGAUCCUUCUGUCUGCGACGUGCAUUCCUUGUUGCCUGUGCGCCGGGUCCGUCACGCCCGUUGGCUCCUCGAAUUUAUCGGUUAUUGGCCCGGCUUUCGUGCGUCCGUUGCCUUGGCCUGUGCCUCAGCGCGUUGCACCUCCAGCUUUGGGGGCUGUUUGGCUGACCAUCGUGUGUGCGCCGUUACCCCUCCGACGAAGAUGCCGUCCACAAUACUUAGGCAAACCAAACUCGGGCCUUGUUUUGCAUACAUGAAGAAUCAUUGUCACCGGCAUAGUCGUGCCGGCUUCUUGAUUAGAACGCAACAUGGAAAAUACUCAUUAGGGCGGCCAGCGCGGCAAACGGCGCAAUCGCCCAGACUGGCAACGCGACUACUGAUCAACCACAGUGCAGCAACUAUUCAUUGCAGCGAGUUUCUCUGGUCUGGGUGUUCCAUUUCUUGUCUUGGACAUGUCGUACGGCAGCCCUCGAGUUUCGUCAUAUGUUGGAUAUGCGCCCACCCUUCGUAUCGAACCCACCCUGCUUCGUAUCGAUUUUUGAGGGAUGGACUUGUGUCACCCUUUUUUUCUUCGACGGACGCGGACGGCGCACUGUUUUAUUUAAGUGAGCCAAAAACGAAACAAGAGCAUGCUGAAGCUGAGCUUGUUGCUUUCGCGCAAGUUCUUUCCAACGACUCCUGUUAUGCAACAGAUACCGGUGUUGAUGAUAACUUGAAUGACCAGAGAUUUCGCUGCAAUAACGAUAUCAACGCCACGGAUAUGUUUCUCACUGAAAUCUUCGCCGGCAUCAACGGAACCAAAAUGAACAUCUGGCGUUCGUUCGCAUUUUGCAUCCCCCCGCCAUUAGACAUCUCAUCGGGCGAACCCGAAAACGAUCAGCUGGGACCAGGCGAACAAACCUUGCCCCCCUAAGCGCAACAUGGGCGGAGAGGAAGUGUGACCAAGCAGACAGCAAUAAAAAUUGCGAACAAUGUUGCCCCUAGUGUCAAGCGAGACGAUAUCCAUGACUGCAGCCAAAUCGAUAUCUUAGGGUGGCAACAUCUUCAUGUACUUAGUAAUACUGUUUCUGGUGAUGCAGCACUUCAACCACACUCGCAGUGUCAGUCACUCAUUUUUUUCCAUGUCCGUCCUCAAGGAGACAGACAUGCAUUUCAUGUCCACCGAAGUUAGCGCCCCUGCCUUUGCCAAGCAUAAGGUUGGUAGCUGCUUUAGUUUUAGAUAAUGCCAGAGUCAGUCAUGGUCGUAAGAACGAAAAUAAAAGCAACACACAAAUGUUACUUCUCGCAGUCGCCGCGCAUAAAAUAUUUGAUUUUUUCUAGUGAUUGUA